AUGGUCGAUCCCCUUAGGUGCCCUGCCUGCAAGGAGGGUUGCUCGGGUCGACGUGUUGGUCCUCCAUUUAAGGGCUGGUGGGCGUCGAUCGACAUCUUCUGCCUGCAAGGAGGGUUGCUCGGGUCGACGUCUUCGAUGCCUCGAUCGUGGCUGGCUAACUUCUUCCUCAGCUCCCAAGGGUCGAUCCCCUUGGUUGCCCUGCCGGCAGGGCAGAUGAGAAGGUUGAGCUUGGGAGGAUCCCUUUACAGCUUGUCGCCGCUUGUUGGUCCUCGAGCGGGCUAG